AUGAAUAACCUCCGUAUAUUCAGUUUGCAUUCCCUUCGCAGCGGCAUAAGGGUUACAGAAAGUCUCAUUUUUAUUUUCACAAUCAAAAUGGCGAAGAAGAAAAAUCAACGUAGUGCUGCCACUAAUCGGCGGCUGAAGAUGUAUAAUAGCAGGCCGAAGCGUGGCCAUAAGGGAAAAAUCAUAAAGCACGAUCUACAGUCGAAGAAGCUUCCGUCAACGCGGAUACAGCCUGAUCCCCGCUGGUUCAUCAAUACUCGGGUGAUCAGUCAGAAGAAAUUGGAAUUGUUUAGAGAAGAGAUCCAAAACCGGCUUUCCAGUAACUACAAUGUUAUAUUGAAUGAUAGGAAAUUGCCCAUGUCCCUUUUGAGUGAUCAUCUGAAGAAAGGAAGAGUUCAUUCUCUCGACAGUGAGCCUAUUGCUGAUGCUUGUGGACCUAAAGCGAAGAGGAAAUGCCCAAAACAUAUUGAAUCAUUAGCCAAGAAUGACUUGUCUGAAGAUGCCGUUCUCGCGGUUCAUGAAGAGACAGGACCAUCGAAACCCAACAUUUUUACAGGAAGACGCACACUAGACCCUAAGCAAACCAAGUCAAAGCAUUUUUGAGGUUUAUGAAACUGAAGAUGCAAGAGAGAAAACAGAACAAGAUUAGGUGAUUGAGUUUUUUAGUAUAUAUUAGUGAAGAUAUUUCAGUAUAUUCGAGAAUAUUAGUGGAGUCAAAGCAGAGCUAUUAUAACAAAAGCUAGAGAACCGAUGUGUAAUAGUUCCCACAAUGCUGCUAGAGUAUGAUUAACCAUUUCUGUUGACUUUGGAUUUAGAGGAAAUAACCGGUGGCGGAGCCAGGAUCUCCACGAAGAGGGUUCAAAAAUUUUUUUUUGUAGCUAGUGGGAAUUGAACCCAUGACCUUAUGUAGAUUUUGAACCCCCUUUACCACUAAAUUACACUUUUGGAUUAUGUUAAGUA